AUGGUCGAGGAUACCCCCAUCGUCGGGCAGGUGUUUCCACCUAGCGACGACGUCAUCCGCCUCCCUUCGUCACCCUUUACCGCCGACGGAGCUCGUCUCAUGGUGCCACCGGACCGUCGAUCAUGGUCGGUGGUGGACACGAUGACCGGGUCCACGCUUUUUCGUCUCAAUCAUGCCGUAGAUAUCCAAGAUGACAUGGAGUGGUCCGCAGAUGGACGGACGGCAAUAUUCGUGGCCGAAGAAAACGCGGCCUAUGUCUACUGGAUCUGGAACAUCGAAGAAGGUACCACAAAGGCCGUCUUUCGGUGGCCAGACGGUCGCAAAUUUGGCAAGUCCGGGAUCUCGGCUGACGGGUCGAUGGUGGGUUUCUCGAACGGUCUAGGAGAUGUUGUUUUCCGCCGUGUCAUUGAUCUCACGGCCUCUGCUUUGGACCCGUAG